CAGCUCAGCUCUCCAGGAUCCCCAGUCCACAAGCAGCGGCGCAGCCCAGGCAAGGGGCACAGGACCCAGCCCGCCCCAGCCCAUGGCUGGCUGCUGGAGACUCCUUUCAGUGACCCCCGAAGGGAUGCCUGCAGCUAUGCUCCCCUACGCAUGCGUCCUGGUGCUCUUGAGAGCUAACAUCAUAGAAACAGCUGGGAUUACAGGAGAUGGCCACCUACACUGGGAGCCCCAAUGUCAGCAGCCAGUGCCUAAUGGUAUGCCCAUCACUAUUGUCCUGCCCCCACACAUCAGUGGGUCCUGGAUCUCCACUGGCUGUGAGGUACAUCCGGGACCAGAAUUCCUCACCCGUUCCUACACCUUCUAUUCCAACCGUCUCUUCCGAGCUUACCGGUUCUACUACAGGGACCCCUCCUGCCAGGAGCCUGCCCACUCACUGCUCAUCAAGGGCAAAGCACGUCUGCGCCGGGCCUCCUGGAUCACUCAGGGUGCCACCGAGGCUGACUAUCAUCUUCACAAGGUGGGCAUAGUCUUCCACAGCCACCAUGCCCUGCUUGACAUUGCCAGGCGCCUCAACCAGACCCAGGCUGGCCAGGACUGUACAGGACAGCUGCCCCUAGACCGGGCCUGGCUGCCAGGGACACUGUAUGAGCUGCUGAGUUCCCAAGUACCAGGUGACUGCCUGGCUGCACUGGGCUUCAGCAUGAAUGAACUCAGUCUGCUGAGCCUGCAGCGUCACAUGCAACAACAGCCUGGGUUAGCACCCCAUCUGGUCAAGGAGCUGUUCCUUGGGGAUGUCCACACCGACUGGACAGAGAGGCAGCACUACCGACCCACUGGCUACCAGUGCCCCCUGCAAAGUGUUCUGCACCACACUUGGCCUUGCCUGGCCUGCAGCCUCAUUGCCUGCUCUGAUGAGCACCACCCACCUGUGCUGCCCUCCCGGCCAUCCCUGCCACUGCACCUGGGUGGCCACUGGGUCAGCAUGGGCUGCGAGGCCAGGCCUGCUGUGCUGUUCCUCACUCGGCUCUUCACCUUUGAUGACCACAGACGCUCCUGGGAAGGACACUACCACCAUUUCUCGGAUCCUGCUUGCCGUCAGCCCACCUUCACGGUGUUUGCCGCCAGCCACUACUCCAGAGGCACCCCAUCCCCACGGGUCCACGGUGGUACUGAGCUGAUGUUUGAAGUUACACGGGCCCAUGUGGCCCCCAUGGACCAGGUUACUACAGCCAUACUCAACUUCUCCAAGCCAAGCAGCUGUGGAGGCCCAGGGGUGUGGUCAGUAGGCACUGAGAGGGAUGUCACAGCCACCAACGGGUGCCUACCACUGGGCAUCAGGCUCCCACAUAUAGAGUAUGAGCUGUUCAAAAUGGAACAAGAUGCCCGUGGGCAGAGCCUGCUCUUUAUUGGGCAGAGACCCACAGAUGGGUCCAGUCCGGACACUCCUGAGAAACGCCCCACCUCCUUCCAGGCACCCCUGGUGCUCUGCAAGAGACAGGCCCAAGGGGCCCCUAGUCCCUCACUGCACAGGCUUCCAAUACAGAAUCCCCCCAUUGGGUGGGCACCAUAUCAUCCUGUCAUCCCUCUCCCCAUACUCCUCCUCAUUCAAGGACUGGCCCCCUUUGAAUGGCUAUGACAUCAGUCUUUGACUUGCAGGUGGCCCCUUGGACACUGUGUGGCCCUGCAGAUGCCCACCUGGCUCUGUGCUGUCUUUCCAUCAUGGGAAGAAAACAGCCCUUCUCCACUGCUGUCUUGGAUGGACAUCGGCCCUGCUGCCUCUGGUUCAGCCUGUAUCCCACAGGGCUCAACAGCACUGCAAAGCCAGGGGUCCCAGACCACAGGCCUGGAUGUGGCCGCAAAUGUGUUGUUUCUAAAACCCUUCUGCUGUUGUUAAUCAUUGGGGUUGGUGUUGAUAUACUCGCUCUUCCUUGCCUGGGGUGUUGAGACAGAGGACAUCCUAUGAUGGUGCCCAAGGAUGCUUCCUGCCGCUUGGCCAGGUUCUGGGUUGUGGUGUAGAGAUCAUUAAUUUGAAUUUAGCAAUACAAACUCAGCCAGGGCAUGAAUUAAAGAUGCCGCUUGGGGCUUUCAGUACUUCUCAGCUCUCUGGCAGAGGGCUUGUCUCUCUGGGGGCAGUCGGCUUUCUUGAGUUCUGCCUGUUGGCAUCUUUGGGCAUCUGCUUAUGCUUCUGUAAGUCAGACCUCAAGCUGGCAACACAGCACAUGGAUAAAUCCGGUCCUCCAGGGCCACAGAGCAGGAAAAGAGGGCUCGAUCUGAGCUGAGACCUUGGCCUUUCCUCGCAGGCUGUGGCCUCUAAGUCUCCCGCGCCCACGCAUAGUGCCUGCAAGCUUAGAGCUAGCCAAGCAGGGCGCAGUCCACGGAGGAAAGUGCAUUUCUGCCUUUGGAAACUAAUUAAUACUAAUGAUAGCUACAGCACGAUGUGCUCUGUAAUUAGCCCCGAAUAUUCUUCCAGAAUCCGCUGCUGUCAACAGACCAGGAUGGGGAGGCCAGGGCCACCAGGCUACAUAGCAACAUCUGGAGGCAGGACCCAGCAAGCCUGGCCUCCCCAAGUCCCCACACUGUGACGCUAAUAUGUCGAGUUCUCAUCUGCUCAGGGGGGCUGUCAUCACGGUAGGGACCCUGCUCAUAGGCCUAGGGCUUCAUCUGCACACUGAGAGAUUAACUGGUAUCCUGAUGAGCUCAAGGGUUUUCAGGACUGUGAGCAACUUGUUCCUAGCCCCUUCCUCCCCCUCCCAUGGUGCCUCUUAUCACAGAUCUUGAACAAUCCUAUAUGAAGCUAAUGAUGCAUACAGAGGAAAGCCCUUGGCCUCCCUGAGACUGUGUGGGGUUCAAUCAGUC